AUGGUUAUUGUCAUGUCACCGCAACAAAAAGCCUUCAACCGCAACGUCACGAUUGGCGAGGAAGCGGUGCCCGGAAUUUCUGUGAUCACUCAAACUGCUUCUAUGAUUCUGAAUAUUGUGUCCGAACUUCAUAAUUUCACAUACAGAUAUUCUGUAGUGGACAGAUGGGUUGGAAGUUAUAUCAGAAAUAGAACAGCCACUGUUACGAAUUCGUUGUACUUCCGAGAACAGGACAUUUCUCCGGUUGUUCGUCCAUUGGGGUCUAUAAUCGAACAUGUGGAUGUGAUAAAUCCACCGCUGACUUCGUUGGAGACCAGAUACUACUACAAGAUACCAACGCACGGUCCUGGAAAAUUUGAGAACCAGUUUAUGAGGCCGCUGUCGACGGGCACUUGGCUUUGCGUGUUAUUUGUGUGUGUGCUGUGCGUAAUAACACUGGUGCUCACAUCGAAAUUCGAACAGCGCCCGGCCCCUGCGCAAUUUGCAGUUUUCUCCGUCGUCGCGUCCAUCUGCCAGCAAUGUAACGCA